UUUGCGGAGGAGAGUGGGAAAACGGCUGAAAUGGCUCUUGCAUUACCUCAUCCAGAUAUGUGCAUCUCCAAUCCCCUUCUUGCCCCACUCACCAGGGCCAGCGAAGCCCUGCAGAAUUGCUAGAUGUAGACCAGGUGUUCUGGGAAGUACCGUGCAUCAGCACCAUUGCCCUGCUGAGAUUUCCUCUGGAGCAGGGAGGGGCCCAGGAGCCUUCACCUGUAUGGUUCAGAGUGGGGGGUUAGAUGUCCUAAUGGGACAUGAUCCCUUCUGCUGCCCUCAGAGGUCACUGGAGAAUCCUGUGGUCCAGCUCUCCACCUUCAUGGGGAUACCCGUGGGUGAUAGCAGGCAGGAUGGGUGCUCUGUUGCUUGCUGCUCUGGCUGUCGAAUCCGGGGAGGGCAUGGGGGUGCGGAUGGAGAGUUGGGGACCUCUCCCCAUGGAGUUCCCCCUUGCUCUCUGGCUUCCCCAGUGCUGUAACUCCGAAAAAACAUUUGGCGAGCUGUCUUGACCAUAGUGUGAGCAGCCCCACCUCCACACCAGACGUGCAUUUCCUGUAGCGAGAGCGCAGGGCGGAGCGGCAGCGCUGGCUGCAAGCAGAGCAGAGCGGCACGGCGGGCAGCGGCCCUACGCUGCUGGCGGAGCACCCGGGGAAAGCGUUGGCCAAGGCAGAGCCAAGCAGCUCCUCCGUCCCUGCUUGGGUGACCUCGCCGUCCCCGCUGCCGUCACGCGCGGGUGGCUGUGCUGCUGCCUGGGGAGAGCCCCGCAGCGGGGCCGACGGCCUGAGCUGGGGCAGGCGGGAGCACCGGGGAUCCCAUAAUGGCUCCUUUCAUCCAGAGGCUGUGGCCGGCAUCCAGGGCUGAGUCAGGCCCGGCUGGCUCGGCUGCGUAAGUCCUCACGUCCGAAGCCUUGUGGGGUCCCCACAGCCCCCCCGGUGCCAAGCAGGCAUGGAGGAGGAAGAGGAAGCCAUAGGGUACCUGGAUAAAGUCCUGGAGGAUGAAGAUGACUCUGAGCCAGGAACCCCCACCAGCCCUGGGUCUCCAUUCUCGGCCAGUGAGAAGGGUGAGCGAGAUGCUGGCAAAGGGCUGGAGAUGCGGAAGCUGGUGCUCUCCGGCUUCCUGGCCAGUGAGGAGAUCUACAUCAACCAGCUGGAGGCACUCCUGUUGCCCAUGAAGCCGCUGAAGGCCACAGCCACUACAUCACAGCCCGUCCUCACCCUGCAGCAGAUUGAAACCAUUUUCUACAAGAUCCAGGACAUCUACGAAAUCCACAAGGAGUUCUAUGACAACCUGUGCCCCAAGGUGCAGCAGUGGGACAGCAACAUCACCAUGGGCCACCUCUUCCAAAAGCUGGCCAGCCAGCUCGGGGUGUACAAGGCCUUUGUGGAUAACUACAAAAUUGCUCUGGAAACAGCUGAGAAGUGCAGCCAUAGCAACAACCAGUUCCAGAAGAUCUCUGAGGAACUGAAGGUGAAAGGCCCCAAGGACUCGAAGGAGAGCCACACGUCCGUCACCAUGGAGGCACUGCUGUACAAGCCCAUUGACCGUGUCACCCGGAGCACCCUUGUUCUGCACGACCUCCUCAAGCACACCCCGUCUGACCACCCUGACUACCCACUGCUGCAGGACGCCCUCCGCAUCUCUCAGAACUUCCUCUCCAGCAUCAAUGAGGACAUCGAUCCCCGGAGGACAGCGGUCACCACUCCCAAGGGGGAGACCCGGCAGCUCAUCAAGGAUGGCUUCUUGGUGGAGCUGUCAGAGGGCUCGCGGAAGCUGCGGCACGUCUUCCUCUUCACCGACGUGCUGCUCUGCGCCAAGCUGAAGAAGACAGCAGUGGGGAAGCACCAGCAGUACGACUGUAAGUGGUACGUGCCCCUGGCCGACCUGGUGUUCCCCUCGCCGGAGGAGUCGGAGCACUGCCCGCAGGUGCACGUCAUCCCCGACCACGAGCUGGAGGACAUGAAAAUGAAGAUCUCAGCCAUCAAGAGUGAGGUGCAGAAGGAGAAAGCCAACAAAGGGCAGAGCCGUGCCAUUGAGCGCCUCAAGAAGAAGAUGUUUGAGAAUGAGUUCUGGCUGCUCCUCAACUCGCCUGCCAUUCCCUUCCGCAUCCACAACCGCAAUGGAAAGAGCUACUUGUUCCUGCUGUCCUCUGACUACGAGAGGUCCGAAUGGAGGGAGGCCAUUCAGAAACUGCAGAAAAAAGACCUCCAGGCCUUUGUGCUGAGCUCGGUGGAGCUGCAGGUGCUGACAGGGUCCUGCUUCAAGCUACGCACUGUCCACAACAUCCCGGUCACCAGCAAUAAGGAUGACGAUGAGUCCCCUGGGCUUUAUGGGUUCCUACACGUCAUUGUUCACUCUGCCAAGGGCUUCAAGCAGUCAGCCAACCUGUACUGCACACUGGAGGUGGAUUCCUUCGGUUAUUUUGUCAGCAAAGCCAAGACCAGGGUUUUUCGGGACACAACAGAGCCGCAGUGGAAUGAGGAAUUUGAGAUUGAGCUGGAAGGCUCCCAAUCCCUGCGCAUCCUCUGCUAUGAGAAAUGCUAUGACAAGACCAAGCUCAAUAAGGACAACAAUGAAAUCGUGGACAAGAUCAUGGGCAAGGGGCAGAUCCAGCUGGACCCACAGGCUGUGCAGACCAAGAACUGGCACAUGGAUGUGAUUGAGAUGAAUGGGAUCAAGGUGGAGUUCUCCAUGAAGUUCACAAGCAGAGACAUGAGCCUGAAGAGGACCCCAUCCAAAAAGCAGACUGGAGUCUUCGGGGUCAAAAUCAGCGUUGUGACAAAGCGCGAGCGCUCCAAGGUGCCUUACAUUGUGCGCCAGUGCAUCGAGGAGGUGGAGAAGAGAGGCAUUGAGGAGGUCGGCAUCUACAGGAUCUCCGGCGUUGCCACGGAUAUCCAGGCACUGAAGGCUGUCUUUGAUGCGAAUAACAAGGACAUCCUGGUGAUGCUGAGUGACAUGGACAUCAACGCCAUCGCCGGCACGCUCAAACUGUAUUUCCGGGAGCUGCCUGAGCCCCUCCUCACUGAUAGACUGUACCCUGCCUUUAUGGAGGGCAUCGCCCUCUCAGAUCCUGCUGCCAAGGAGAACUGCAUGAUGCACCUUCUCCGCUCACUGCCUGACCCCAACCUCAUCACUUUCCUCUUCCUGCUGGAGCACUUGAAAAGGGUAGCGGAAAAGGAGCCCAUCAACAAAAUGUCCCUCCACAACCUGGCCACAGUCUUUGGGCCAACACUGCUGAGACCUUCAGAGGGAGAGAGCAAAGGACACCUCACCCUGGCAUCUGACAUCUGGUCCCACGAUGUGAUGGCCCAGGUCCAGGUCCUUCUCUACUACCUGCAGCACCCUCCCAUCUCCUUCACGGAGCUGAAACGCAACACACUUUACUUCUCCACGGACGUGUAGCCCGCAGGAAGGAGGCACUGGCUGCAAACACUCCCAGCUCCCUGCCAGGGCCAUGGACCGGAUCGCGGCCCCUGAGGACAUCAGCCUGGACCCGAGAUGUGCCGCCUGCAGCUCCUGUACAAUCGUGUACUGAUGGCCUGGUGCCGCCCCAGCGCCGUGCCGCUCUGUAAAGUAGUCGUGUCUUA